AUGAAGAAAACUAAUAUAGAUAAGAAUAAUGAGGGGGGAAAGGAGAUGCCUAAGAAUAAAUUAUCAUUUGUUAAAUUUAUUACUUUUCAUUGGAUAACCAAAUUAAUAAAUAGUAUAAAUAAUGCUGAAGAUUUUAUUUUGCCAAAUAUUGGAAGGAAACCAAUCAUAGGGUAUUAUGAAUAUUAUUUGAUGAAAAAUUUAAAAGUUUUCAGAAAAAAAAAAAAAUCGUUUAUAAGUCGAUUUUUUUCCAAAAUUUUGAGUUUUACUGUUAAUUUAAAAAAAAGUGAUAGAAAUAAAAAAAAUAGGAAUAGAAUUAAAGAUGAUGAUUAUUUUUAUGAAUAUAACAGAGGAAUUAUUGCGGCAUUGACUUAUACUUUCAAACAACCAGUGUUGAUUAUAUCACUCCUUUAUAUAUUACACGCAUUAUUUUUAGUGUUUGUUGCUAUUUGUAUAGAAAAAUAUAUAUCAAUCAUAAAAGGACAUCACGUUUUUUCUCCAUUAUUACAAUCUAAAACUGCAAAACUAUUAUCUGCAUUUGUUCUUAUAAUGGUAUUAUCCUUGAAUUUAUUUAUGGAUUCGGCCGUUAGUUAUAUACAUAACAAACUGAUAAUUGAUAUGGAGGUAACUGUUAUGCAUUUUUUGUAUAAAAUAAAUAUGGGAGUAUUUAAUCAUUGUAUAUUAAACCAAUAUCAUGAUGAUAAUAAUAAUAAUUUACAUGAAAUAAGUAACAAUAAUAGUGAAAAUAGUACUUGCGCAAAUAUAGAUUCUUAUAAAAAUAAUACACAUGGCACAUCCAAAAAUUAUAUUAUAAAAGUUGAAAAUGAAGAUGAAAAUGCAGAAUAUAAAAAUGAAACAAAUCAAAGUAAUGCCAAUACCACUAUAAGCACAAAUAACCUUACCGAUUUUUCAAAAAAAAAUGAUUUAAAUAAUAAAUUAGAAGAUAAUGAAAAUGUGAUUGAACAUAAUAAUGGCGAUGGUGGUAUUAACAUAUAUAAUAUUAUGUUUAUAGAUACACCAUCUUUAAUAUAUUUUAUAUCUUCUGCAAUCAUAGCUAAUGGAAUGCUUAUUAAAUUGGUAAUAUCAUUUUAUAUGUUUUAUCAUAAAAUGGGAAAAGAUUCUAUUAUAAUUGGAAUAUUUUUAGUAUUAUUAUUGUAUGGAAUUAUAUUAUUAUGCGAAUUAAUAUCAAGUAUGCUUAAAAAAAAAUACUUAAAAUAUCAGGAUAAAAGAAUAGAUAACAUGAAUCAUGUUUUAAAAGAAUAUAAAUUAAUGAAAAUGUUUAAUUGGGAAUCUAUAGCAUUUGAUUAUGUAAAUAAAUUUAGGGAAAAGGAAUUGAAGUAUUGUAAAUACAGAAUUUAUUUGAGUUCUAUAAGUAAUUAUAUUAAUGCCAUUUCCGUUCAUUGUGUAGAAAUAGUUAUAUUUUUUGUUUACAUUAGAAACAAGCUAAAUAAUAAUGAUCAAAUUGAUGUUAAUUCGGUAAUUACACCCCUUUUUGUUUAUAAAUCGUUAAUUAACGGAAUUGUAAGUUUUCCAACUAUAUUCAAUAAUUUAUUAGAAGGCCCUAUCAGUAAUGACCGUGUGAAUAAAUAUAUUAACCAUUAUUUUCAUGACAAUAUCUCCAGUAAGCUUUUUUAUUCUAAAAUUAAAAAUGAAAAAAAAAAUAGCCAUUUAAAAAAAAAAAAUAAUAAUUAUAUGAACAUGCAAGGUAAAUCAGAGAAAAUUAUUCCUUCCAAAAAAAAUACAUUUUAUACUAGCUUUUUAAACAUGUUUUCAAAUGACGAUUAUUAUUAUAGUAGUAAUUAUAAUGAUCAUGGUAGCAAUACAACGAAUUUUGAAUGGGAAAAUGAAAAUAAUAAAAUAUAUCGAAAUAAUAGUGGCGACCAUAUUAAUAACAAAAUAGUAACAAUAGACAUUUUAAAUAAAAAUAGUAAAAUGAACGAAAUAAAUGAGGGUAUUAAAUCAAAAAAUAUUCUUGAUGAAAAAUAUGGAAUAGAUAAAAAAACAAUUAUAAAAUUGGAAAAUUGUAAUUAUAAACCAGUGAAAUUUGAAAACAAUUAUAAUCAAUCCAAAAAUAUGAAAUUGAAAAAUGUAAAUUUUACAUUAAAAAAUAAUACUAUAGCAAUAAUAAUAGGUGAUAUUGGAUCAGGGAAAACAUUAUUUUUUAAUUCCAUUCUUGGGAAGUUUAAAUUAUUAAAUGGAAAUUAUUAUAUUAAAAAUUUUAUAUAUGAUAUGCCAGUUUUAUAUGCACCUCAAAUUAAUUGGCUAUCUGAUGGGACGAUCAGAUCAAUGAUAACAUUUGAAAAUGAAUUCGAUCCAUAUAUUUAUUAUUUAGCUAUUUCGCAAAGUGAGCUAAUAAAUGAUAUAUAUUCUUUUAAAAAUUUGGAUAUGCGAUAUGUAAAUGAUGAACAUAGUUUAAGUAAAGGGCAAAAAUCGAGAAUAUCAUUAGCACGAUCUUUAUAUUAUCAUUAUAUAAAUAUGAAACAAUUAUGUACUGAAUAUAUAGAAAUGAAAAAUGCUGAAGAAAGCACAUUUGAUAGUACAAAGGAAAGUAAUUUUGGCUUAAAUAAAUUCGCAACAAAUUAUUAUGAUAAAAAUAUUUCUAAUAUGAAAUCAGUACAUAUUUCAAAAUCCAUUAAAAAUUUCACAUUGCAUAACGAUAAUCAAUUUGAAAAUUCAAUAAACCCUAAUAUAUAUAAUGAUGAGUCUGAACAAAUUAAAGGAAAUAAUAAAAAUAGUAAAAGCGAUACUAACAGUUUUAUUAGUGAUUGUAAAUUUUCAUAUUCAGAUUUACAAUUCUUGAUGAAUAAUAACUAUUUAAAAGACUGUUUAGAGAAAAACGAUAUGUCAUAUUUAUAUUUAUUAGAUGAUAUAUUCACUUCAUUAGAUCCAUAUAUUUCAAGAAAUAUAUUUUAUAAUUUAUUUUGUGAUAAAGAAAAAUUGAAAAUUAUUAAAAACCAUUGUGGAAUUGUCAUAACAAUCAAUGAAAAUGCAUUUAAUAGUUUUAUAAUGAAAGACAUUAUAGAAAAUAUUCAAUAUAAUGUGGAUAUAUAUAAAUUGGAAAAUGGAUCAUUAGACUUUCAAGGUAAUAUAAAUGAAUAUAUACAAAAGAAAAAUAUACAAAUAAAAGCUUCUGAUGUAAUAAUUAAAAAAGAAACAGAAAAUGAAAAAAGAGAAAAAAUGCUUUCAUUUUUCAAAAAAACAGGAAUAUCAAUGAAUUGUUCUAAAAUGAGUGAUCAAGUAUUUUAUAUGUCAAUGUCAUUAGAAUUAUGCUAUCAAAAUAAUCCACAAACAGAAGUUGAAAUUACAAAUAGUGAUAAUAUUGAGAGCUCUUUGAGCACUAGUGUUAUUUACAAAAAAGAUAAUUCAUAUUUCGAUAAAAAUAAUAUAAUAUAUAAUAAAAUUAUUUUAUUGAAGGAAUUGAAACUUUUACACCAUAUUAAAGCAGAAGCUAAUAAUGAAACACCCAAUAUAAAUAAAAAAUUUACUAUACUAAUGAAUAAUCAUUUUAAUAAAAUUGUAAAUGAAUCAAUUUUAAAGGAUCGAAUUCAUAAUAUUAGUACAUAUGAAAUGGCAAAAAUAAAGAAAGAUCAAAUUAGGAAAUAUAUUGGAAAUUUUAUUGUAGAUACAAAAGGAAAUAAUGAAAUGAAAUGUUUAAAAAACAAAAAAACACAUAUAAACGAAUUUGAAGAAAUUAAUGCAAUGUUAAAAAAAAACUUAAAAGAACAUUAUACGUAUUAUAAUAAUUAUAUCAGAUAUAAUAGUAAUAAUGAUACUAAUAUAGAUGUAGCUAGGAAAGGAAAUAUAAAUUUUGAGACAUUUAGAUGGUAUUUUAGAAGUAUUGGUAAUGCAAUUAUAAUUUGUAUUAUUAUAUUUAUCAUAUUUUCUAUAUUUUUAGAUGAAGUAAAAAAUAUGUUAUUAUUUUUAGUUAGCGCGUUAUUAAAAACAAAAGACAAAUCUUAUGAAGAAAUAAUACAAACAAAAUUAGUAUAUUUAAAAUAUUUUAUUUUAUUGCCAUCAUUAUCUUUAGUAACCACUUUUAUAUCUUAUAUGGUAAUUGCACAUGGAAUAAUGAUAUCAGCAAAGGCAAUUCACACAGAAGUAUUUAAAAGUAUGCUAUAUGCCCCUAUUCAUGCAUUUUAUAGUCAUAAUAUAGGGAAUAUAAUUAAUAGAUUUAUAAUAGAUAUUCACACAUUAGAUAAUGGGAUAAUUAAACGAUGUUAUAAAUCAUUUUUUACUGUUUCCAAAUUUAUAUCAACCGUUAUUUUAUUAAUAUUUAUGUUUAAGAAAACAUAUAUUAUGUUACCAUUUAUUAUAUUAAUUGUUUAUUAUGGAAUUUUCAAAAAAUAUUCAUUAGCCUGUAAAGAAGCUCAAAGAGGAUAUUUAUGUUCGCAUUCUCCAAUUUGCUCCAUAUUUAGUAAUACUAUACAUGGAAAAGAUAUUAUAAAUUUAUAUAAAAAAAAUUAUUGUAUUUUGAAAAAAUUUGAAAACAGUAUUUAUGCACUUCGAAAUUUUACUUUAUUCAAAUGGGGUAUAACUGCAUGGGCAUCGUUAUAUAUACAAUUAGUAGGUUUAUGCUUAACAUCAUUUUAUAUUUUAUAUCCGCAUGUUUUUUCAAUAUUCAAAAAUUCUUCUGAGCAUAUUGAUAUAGAUGUAGAUGAUUAUAUAAGUUAUAGUGAAGUUAUUGGAUAUUGUAUAACAUUUUCAUGUAGUUUAGGAUAUAUAAUAAAAUCAUUUUUAUAUGAUUAUACACAUGUAGAAAAAGAAAUGUGCAGUAUUCAGAGAUUAGAAGAAUUAUCAAAAAUAAAAAAUAUUAGUGAUGAAACAAGUUUUACUCAAAUUGAAAAUCAUGAAUAUUCAUAUGAGAAUAAUAAAAACGUUGAAAAUGCUAAUUAUCUAAAUAACAAAACUGAGGAUGGCAUAUUAAUAACUCCAAGCCAAUUUCCAAAAUCAAAAUAUGGGCUUGAAUUUAAAAAUGUUUAUGUUAGUUAUAAAAAAAAAGUAUAUAUAGAUAAAUUAAAAAAUAUAUAUUAUUAUGCAAAUGAAAAAUCAUGUUUAAGGAAUAUAAAUUUUUAUGCUUUAAAAAGUCAAAACAUUGGAAUUAUUGGAAAAUCUGGAGCAGGAAAAAGUACAAUAGUUAUGGCAAUAUUAGGAUUAAUAUCUACAUCAAAAGGGGAAAUAAAAAUUGAUGGAAGGGAUAUAAGAAGUAUUCCCUUAAAUGAAAAAAAAAAAAUAAUAGGUAUUUUACCUCAAUCAUCUUUUGUUUUUUCACAUUGGAAUAUAAGAACUUAUAUAGAUCCUUAUCAAAAAUUUUCUGAUAAUGAAAUUAUUGAUGCUUUUGAAACAAUUGGAAUAAACCUUACGUGUGCAGAUUUAAAUAAAUAUAUAUACAAAACAAAAAAAAAAAUGAAUGAAUAUGAUAAAUCUAAAUAUACAAAAACAAAUAAAAAAUAUAAUGAAAAUUAUAUAUUAAUGUCCGAUGAUUCAAUACGAUAUUUAUCAUUAGUACGAAUAUAUUUGAACAGAAAUAAUUAUAAGUUAUUAUUGAUUGAUGAAAUACCUGUUGUGAAUUUUAAUAAAAAUAAUAGCGAAUUUAAUAAUUUUUUUACAAAAAAUUUAAAGCCAUUUGAUUAUAUAAUUGAAAAUUAUUUUAAACAUAUUACUAUUUUAAUCAUUUCCCAUGAUACAAGAACUCUAUCAUCUUGUGAUUUUAUUUGUGUUGUUUCUAAGGGGGAGAUUGUAUAUAAAUGUAAUUAUUCAGACGUAGAAACACAAACACAAUUAGCUAAUAUUAUACAGAACCAGGCAAAUUGA